AUGGAUUCAUCUGUGGAAAAGCCCGACUAUGAGAAUCUGGAGGUGAUCCAAAGAAACCGCCUCCCCGCCAGAGCAUACUGGCUACCUCCAGCCCAUCUCAUCCUCAACGGACAAUGGGACUUUCAAUACGCACCUUCACCUUUGGAAGCCUCAGAAUAUCCUCCUAAAGACGAAAAGUCUGACGAAGCAUGGGCUCCCAUUACCGUCCCGGGUCAUUGGCAACUCCAGGGUUACGGUCGUCCACACUACACCAACGUGCAAUUUCCCUUCCCCUCAGCGCCACCUUUCAUCCCAACCGAAAACCCUACGGGUAUCUACCGACGCAGUUUCAAGGUUCCUGAUGAGUGGGACAGCAACUCCCAACUCAGACUUCGAUUUGAUGGUGUCGACAGUGCCUAUCAUGUUUGGUUGAAUGGGGAGUUUGUCGGUUACUCACAAGGAAGUCGCAACGCGGCUGAGUUUGAUGUGACGAGUGUUGUCAAGAAGGAUGAGGAGAAUGACUUGGUAGUCAGGGUUUACCAAUGGUGUGAGGCGUCUUAUAUCGAAGAUCAGGAUCAAUGGUGGCUCUCCGACACAGGUAUCUUCCGUGAUGUGACUCUACUUUCAUUUCCUGAAGCCAGAAUUGAGGACUAUUUUGUCAAGACGAAUCUUGAUGCGCAGUACCAGGAUGCCGCUCUUGCGGUUGACAUAACUUUGCACCAUGCUGAAAAUGACCCUCUCGAGUUAUCGCUUGUCCUUCGCGACGGUGAUAAGCAAGUUGCCUCAACAGAAAAGGUCUUGGAUGAUAAGGAUGCCACAUUCAAAUUCGAGGUUCCUGUUGCCAAUCCAAAGAAGUGGACUGCUGAAAGCCCAUAUCUCUACCAACUCGAGAUUGCCCUCAAGGCGCCCGAUGCAAAGGUGAUCCAGAAGAUCACACAAAACGUUGGUUUCCGCAAAGUCGAACUUAAAAACAGUCUCAUCACUGUCAACGGCACGCCGAUUCUCCUCCGAGGCGCAAACAGACAUGACCACCAUCCUCUUCACGGAAGAGCUGUUCCAUACGACUUUCUCAAGCAGGAUUUGCUGCUGAUGAAGCAACAUAACAUCAAUGCGUUAAGAACAAGUCACUAUCCUGGUCAGCCUUGGCUGUACGACCUAGCAGAUGAACUGGGCUUCUGGGUCAUGGACGAAGCCGAUCUGGAAUGCCACGGCUUCUACGAUGUUGUCACACAACCUGUUCAGCCACCCCCAUAUCUAGACUAUGAGGGAAGCAAGGAAGAAUAUUUCCCCAAGGCAGCACAGUUCACUUCUGAUGACCCAGAGUGGCACGACUCGUACCUGGAUAGAAUGGUCCAAAUGGUUCAACGAGACAAGAAUCACCCAUGCAUCUUCUCUUGGUCCCUUGGCAACGAAUCUUUCUACGGCGCCAACCAUGUUGCCAUGAUCGAAUACGCCCGCAGUGUAGAUGACCGCCUCAUCCACUACGAGGGCGACAUCAAAGCCCAAUUGACCGACAUGUACUCUUACAUGUACCCUGACCAAGAUCGUCUGAAGCGCCACGUCGAAAUUGACGGCAUCGAAGACGGAAAAUGGCAAAAGCCUGUUAUUCUUUGCGAAUAUGCCCACGCAAUGGGCAAUGGACCUGGUGGUCUAGACGAUUACCAAGAUGCAUUCCGCAAAUAUGAGCGUCUACAGGGUGGCUUCAUCUGGGAGUGGGCAAACCAUGGUCUUUUGCAUAAAGAUGGGUAUUACGCCUAUGGAGGAGACUUUGGCGAUGAACCAAACGAUUCGACAUUUGUUAUGGAUGGUUUAGUUAAUAGCGAGCAUAAGCCAACGCCGGGACUAACAGAGUUGAAGAAAGUAUUCCAGCCUGUGAAGUUUGAAGCCAAGAGCGGAAAGGUAUUCAUCACUAACGAGUACGACUUUAUUGGGCUGGGGCACUUGGAGGGCGAAUUUUCGGUCCAAGCAAUGGGUGACAAGGUGUCGCUGCUCGAGUCUGGCAAGGUGGAAAUCCCAGAGGUCAAGCCUUGGGAAACUGUCGAGCUUGCUCUUCCGGACCUCACUCAGUACCAAUCACACGACGAAGAGGUCUUCCUGCAGGUUUCUUUCAACCUCAAGGAGGCUACAAAGUGGGCACCAGCUUCUCACAAGAUAGCAUGGUUCCAGCACAAGAUUUCCACCGACAAAGAGGCCACUACACCAGCUUCAUCCACCACCGCCCAAGCCAUCGAUGUCAAAGAAAGCCGAGCCGCAGUUGAGGUAUCGGGUGCCGACUGGGCCAUCAAGUUUGAUCGAGUGCGAGGCUAUAUCACCAAGUGGUCCCAUGGCACUGAUCUUCUCGAGAUGGACACUGCGACGCGCGCAGCGAUUCAUCCCUGCUUCUGGCGGGCGCCCACAGAUAACGAUAAAGACAGCGCUGUCAGUGUGUGGAAAGACUACGGUGUGCACCGAAUGACAUCUCAGCUACGAUCUUUCCAGGUUCAGAAAGAUGACGAAAGUGUUACGGUCAAGACGGUGACAUAUCUCGCACCUCCAGUAUUGGGAUGGGGCUACGAUAUUACCACAAAUUAUCGAAUCUCUUCUGGCGGUAUUGUAUCGAUGAAGCUCGAUCUCGUACCCAAGGGAGUAUUCCCGAAGGAUGUUCCCCGUCUGGGCCUCAAUCUUCGCUUGCCCAAGACGCUCAAUCAAGUGGACUGGUUCGGUCGCGGACCUGGAGAGUCGUAUCCGGAUAAGAAGCACUCUCAGGCGAUUGGUAUCUGGUCAUCUUCGGUAGACGGCCUAGAAGUACCGUACGAUGUUCCCCAGGGUCACGGUAAUAGGAUGGAGACGCGGUGGGUACGCGUUGUUGACGCGGAUGGGCAUGGAAUUCGGGCUUCGAGACGCGAUCAAAGUACAUUUGACUGGACGGGCAGUCGUUUGUCGGAUGAGACUGUUGAGAAAGCGAAACACCCAUGUGAUUUGAAUCAUGUGAGCCCAAAGCUCGUUGACGCGAUGAUCCUCAUCUAG